UGGUUUCACCUGCUGCUGUCCAUUCGCCAUUAGGCUGGUUUCAUCUGUGCGGAAUUCUUCACGUUUCGGCGACAUUGUUCACUAGAUACCAUUCGCCAUUGAGUCUAUCAAAUACUGCUGUUGGGAUUAGGACUCUUCCUACUUCAAAAGACUACUGACGAACGACAUGUCUCGUCAACCAUUUAUGUCCAAUGGUCCGUAUACCCCAUCCUCGCCCUCUGCAACGAGAGGUGAUGCGCGAGGUUACCCAACCUUGCGGGUAGCCAAGUCGCCAAACGAAAGCAUGGCUAGGACGAACUGUGUUUUUUUGCACCCGCGGGACAUGGACCCGUCGACACGCUACCUGACCAUAGAGGACCAGUUUGCAUUCACCGUGAGAUUCAGUGAUGUUGUGACUCCAGGAGAGAUUGGGACCACUCUCUUUCACCGAAGAUAUGCUGCAUUAUCAUUGAAUCAGGAUGUCCGGGUACGACCGUAUGAUCCAUUCAUUGAGAAUGUCAACUCCUAUCUCGGAAGUAUCAGUCUCCAGAUCGACUUUCUGCGAAAGACAAUGGAAUCAGCAGAGCAUUACGAUAUCACAGAAAUGCAGCAGAUAUUACUCAACUCUUUUGAUGGGCAAAUAUUCGCCGAAGGGCAGACUUUCAAUUUUGACUUCCACGGGACCGAUCUGCUGGCGGAGGUGGCCGCUGUAAAUCUGGUCGAUUUUGAUGCACUUAAAAGUGGAAACGCUGGUCAAACGUCAGGUCAAUCGAGUGGAAAUCGAUUUAGACGUGGAAUUUUGAUGAAGCAGACAACGAUUCAAAUAGCAAAGGCUAGCACAUCCUCCAUUAAACUGAAAGGCGGUGCGAAGGGAGCUGCUCCAAAUGCGCUGCUACAGCCCAAUUUCAAGUUUGAAGACUUGGGUAUUGGUGGACUUGAUACCGAGUUCAGCCAGAUUUUCCGUCGUGCAUUUGCCUCUCGCAUCUUUCCUCCAUCAAUUGUGGAAAAGUUGGGUAUUCAACACGUCAAAGGUAUACUGUUGUAUGGGCCUCCCGGUACUGGUAAGACCUUGAUGGCUAGACAAAUCGGCAAAAUGUUGAAUGCACGUGAACCACAAAUUGUGAACGGUCCCGAAAUCCUGAACAAGUACGUUGGUCAGUCGGAAGAGAAUAUACGUAAACUAUUUGCUGCUGCGGAGCAAGAAUAUAAACAAAGAGGAGAGGAGAGCUCUCUUCAUAUCAUUAUUUUUGAUGAAUUGGACGCAAUCUGUAAACAGCGUGGAUCGAAAAAUGAUGGUACUGGAGUGGGUGAUUCGAUUGUCAACCAGUUGCUGUCCAAGAUGGAUGGUGUUGAGCAACUGAACAACAUUCUCAUCAUCGGCAUGACAAAUCGUCUUGACAUGAUUGAUGAGGCGCUUCUCCGACCGGGGCGACUGGAGAUUCACAUGGAAAUCAACUUGCCAGACGAGAAUGGGCGAUUGCAGAUUUUGAAUGUGCACACUGCAAGAAUGCGUCAACAUGAUUUGCUAGAGCACGACGUUGAUCUCAAAGAGUUGGCCAGCCUGACGAAGAAUUUCAGCGGUGCUGAAAUAGCAGGUUUAAUCAAAAGCGCCAGUUCCUUCUCGUUCAACCGACACAUCAAGAUUGGGGCGACUGCGGCGGUCAAUCCAGACUAUGAUAAGAUGAAAGUAGCUAGAGACGAUUUUCUUCUUGCCUUGGACGAAGUACAUCCGUCUUUCGGUGUGUCGGAGACUGAAUUGAAACAGUGCGUAACGAACGGUAUUUUCAAAUUUGGGAACCAUGUAGAGCGGAUCUUGUCAGACGGUCAAUUGUUCAUUGGGCAAGUUCGGAAUAGUAAACGGACGCCGUUGGUGUCAGUUCUCCUACAUGGACCAUCAGGAAGCGGGAAAACAGCGCUAGCUGCCACAAUUGCAAUGGCCAGCGACUUCCCUUUCAUCAAGUUGAUCUCUCCGGAAAGUAUGGUUGGGUUUACAGAGCAGGCUAAGAUGAAUCACAUCAACAAGAUAUUCAAUGAUGCACACCGCUCAGAGUUCAGUGUUAUCGUGAUCGACUCUAUUGAGCGGAUAUUGGAUUGGGUCGCAAUCGGUCCUCGAUUUUCAAAUACGGUGCUACAAACACUACUGGUUUUGAUGAAGAAGGCACCACAAAAGAAUCACCGGUUACUUAUUCUCGCCACCACCAGCCAACGGCAUGUCUUGCAACAGAUGGAUAUGGCGGAUGUAUUCGAUGCAUCUAUCUACGUCCCAAACAUUACAGAUCUGGAUUCGGUGGAUCUGUUACUUCAAGAGCUAAAGACAUUUACUGAUUCUGAACGUCGGCGCGCCAUCGAUACACUGCGGGCAUCCGGCAUUGAGGCCCGUGGGAUCUCAAUUGGGAUAAAGAAGCUACUGAUGAUUACAGAAAUGGCGAGCCAGGAUGUGGACAAGGUGGAUAAGUUUGUCUAUACGCUGACGGAUGAGGGAUCUGGGGGUGCACGAUAGAGCGCAGAACAGGGGCGGGCUCAACAGGACUCGGAAAUGUUUUAUUCUCUUUUAAAAUGUUUGAAAAUGAUAUACAUAGAUUCCAUGCAGUGACUAUCAUGCAGUUGACUAUCACGCAGGCAAUCUUACAAAGAGU